AUGGAACAACACGCUUCGUCACGCUCUCGGCAUACUGUCCUCCUAACCGACUUUGGCUCCGGACCUGCCGCCGUGCACGCCAGCCACCAGACCAACGAGAUUCACAUAUUUUUUUUAUUCACAUAUUACAAAUUUGUUACGGUAUUUAAUGCAGGGUUGUACUACACACGUACGGCAUACGCGACCCGGUCACUAGCGGGCUAUAAAGUAGGGGAGUCUAAAUCGGCCGCGCGCCGAUACGACGCGGCGGCCGGCGGCCGGCGGCCGGCGGCCGGCGUGGUGCGUCGCUCAGAUAACCGAAUG